GCCCUGUUAAUGUCGCUGUAUUCAGUCAAGCGAAGAAGAAAAAUCCGCCAAGAUGUCAUCAUUCGGCUGUUUCAAGGGCAUGCUGGUGGAGUGCGAUGCAGCAAUGAAGGAGUACUUAAUCUGGGUCAAUGAGAAAGAAGGUACCAAGUUUAUAAUCAACUCAGAACUGGAUGAAACACACAUUCUCAUCGACCCCAGUAGGAAGGAGUAUGUAAAAAGCAAGAUGGACUACCUGAUGAAUCAGCUCAGUUUCUCUCCUCUCGAGCACGAAGCGCGACAAGAGGAACAGAAUAGGCGAUACGGGCGCAAAUAAGACUAUCUGGUAUACAAGUAUACCUAAUUGCGGUACGAUAAUACUACCCUAUGUCUUCGUACUUCGGGAGGAUUGCAAAAUCAGAUAUGUGGCUGUUUCACGCGGUCGUACUUCAAACUAUAUGCAAGGGUUUAGCUGCUGUGCAUUUCUUCUGCAGUGCAAGCGAGUCUAGUUCGUAAAGUUGUAGUCACCUAUAUAGUCUACCAUCGCAGUCGAUAGGUAGGUGCUGCUAGAAUGAGGUGGAAGCAAUGUUUCACUUGUUUGACAGUAUGUGCAUCAAAGGCUGGAAGUGGACUGCAAUAGCUUGUAAUAGUGAUCGCCAGCCUGCCUACGACUGUACGGACGUUAAGCGCACAAGCGGGGAGCUAUAACGCUUAAAUAGUUUAAAGCAGUAUGAAUGCAUAUGAUCUCAUUCUGGUCGACAGGUGGAUUUGCAUAGCCGUAUGAAUUCACAGUGAUAGUUCUAUCCCGAGUUGAGUAGACGCGACAUUGCAUAAGCUAGGGUGAACAAUUCCGUUGAAGUAUAACGACUGGGGCAAGCAUCGUCGCUGACUUCUCCGACUUAAGAUCGGUGCAACAGGAGAGCACACAUACUAUUUGCUUUGGACAAAGAAUCUGAGAUUGGAAUGCUGAUGGCAGUGCACUCUUAUGACUAAUAAGAUUGAAAAUGCAAGAGCAACGCGUAUCUAUAUACAAAGGCAACAAAGUGUCCUGCGUUUGCAAAUACUCGCAAUGGUAUUGAAUUGGCAGAAUUUGCCACGGCAUAUAUUCGAUCGGAUUAUUCCAGGUUUUCAAUUUUUCCCAGUGUACGUUCAGUCGGGUCUCGUUCCAAUCAGUAUAGGUGUGUGUUCAUUGCAUAAGACAUUUUGAUCUGGUAUUGACAGAUGUUGACAAGCUGAUAGUCCAUAGAUUAAGUACGCCCAAUCUAAUCGACUCCGAUAUUCAUCUGCUCAGUACGAUAGAAUUCUUGGAGCGACAUGGUGAUGAUUAGUACUACUUACUGUAUGACACAUACAAUAAUUCAUCCAUCGGAAUGAAGGCAUAGCCAUUACGAUACAUUGUAAAUUGGAUGCAAUAAAAUUGAAUACAGAAG